AAAACUUUUAUCAUCGACAUCAGUCAGCCAGCCUGCUCCUCCAGCAAACUCACCAAAAACCAAAAACCAACCAACAACCAACCAACAACAACAACUUCAACAACAUCGCAUCAUCAUCCUCCCCCCAUCAAAAACAAAAAAACAAAAUAGUUACUAGUCUCAUGUCUCGACCCGAGAUCGUCAUGCAGACUCCGGCUGCAAAAAAACUAGAGGCCGAAGUUCAGCGGAAACUUGCUGAAUACUCCUACUCUACAGCCGAUGAUGUCGUCAUGGCCGAGUAUGUCGUCGUCAUGUUGGCUAAUGCUAAAACGCCCGAUCAAAUCACUGCUGAACUCUCCGAGUUGAUCGGCGAGGAUAUGUAUGAUCCUGCCUUCACAACCUGGCUAUUCGAAGAAGUCGCCCGGCAGUACGGAAUCCCUCAAUCAAACUCAAACCCACCCCUCUCACCCACCGAAACACAAGACAACAAAUCAUUCUCAGCCAACAACAACAACAACAACAACAACAACAACCAUGACAAUGAAAAUGACAAUCAUCAAUCACUCGACGAUGCAGGCGAUAAGAUCCAAACCGUCAACGACUCACGCGAUCAUCAGCAGAUCAACAACUAUAACCGUCCCGGGCCAAUCAAACGAGCCGUCCAUCCCACCAACCCCAAUCGACCCAUCACUCACACCAACAAUAACAAUAACAAUAACAGUAACAACAAUAGUAGUAACAACAGACUCAGCCAACCCGGUGGCCUCUUCAGUCAAGCUGUCACCGGUAUCAAACGCUCUGGACCAAACGAUCUCAUCAGGGACACUCCCCCUCAUCGUCGGCUCAGGCAGGAUGACUACCCCUCAGGACCCCUCUCAACCGGACCUCGAUCAUCAGACCGGAACCCAAGGGAUCAACAUUGGAAUGGGAUGAUCUCUGACCGGCGCGACCUAUCCAACGGUCAGCGUCCCCCUACUAACUUCCCAAUCGGCCAUCCAAUGGGUGCCGAGUCUGCCGCCAAGAGCAUCCUCGAGCGUGUAGGCGUCUCAGUCAACCCUCAUCACCCCUUCCAGAGCACUGGCUUCCCUCGGGGAUACGACCAACACCAACAACCUUUCCGACGUCCUAACGAUCUAGGUCACAACAAUGGAACCGCGCCAUCACAACAGCAGAUGUUCUAUGGCUCACCCUCCUCAUACCCACUCCCACUCUUACCCCCUCACCCAUUCCAACAGCAGCACUUCAACCCACACAACUCACCUAAUGGGCCGACCCCUCAGCUCUUCUUGGCCAACGGACAGCCCUACAUACCAUCCCACCCGUUCCAGAUCCCUGGCUCUGGCCCUAACCCGAUCUAUCCCUACCCCGCCAUCCAACAUCCUUCGCCUAAUAACCAAUCCAAGAAAAAUAACUCGUCGGCUAUCCCUCCUAACUCCCACUCCAAACCUAACAACAACCACCACCACCACCACCAUCAACAACAGCAACAACAGCAAUCAUCGCUCGAGAAUCGUGUCGCUCCGAUCGCCCAACCGGUCGAACCCGUCCUGGCUCCUCUCCCUUCAGCCCCCUUGCUGCGCGAAGAAUGCAAGUAUAACCUUGCUUGUAAAAACGCUUGGUGUCCUAGCUCCCAUUGUUCCCCUAAAGGUCAUCCUAAGAGCUCGAUGUUGCUCAGCUUCUAUCCCUGCGAGCUUCAGCUCAAAUGCACGGACCCGGAAUGUCUGAAAGCGCAUGUGUCACCACAACAAGCGGAUCCCAAGGCGUCGAUCAAGGUCAAUUCGGCCGCAUCCAAGCCAUCAGGUCCGUCGAUGACUCCGGCCGGCCGAGGGGCUCUUCCUGGAGGAGGAACGCCAACCAACGGGAAAGCGAUCCCGUGUCGGUUCGGCAGCCAAUGCACUCGCUCAGACUGUGUCUUCUCUCACCCCUGGAUCGUCAACUCGACCGGCGGCGCUGAACGGCCGUCUAAUAAUGACGACAUCGGAACCCCCGCUGGUCCUAAAAACUCGUUCGGUGCGGCGGGCGUGCCUUGUAAAUUCGGCCUUCAAUGCUCUCGUCCCGAUUGUUUUUAUCAACAUCCUUCGUCACACCGUGGCCCAUCCAAGAACAUCUCCAAGUCGUUCAUCAACCAACAACAACAACAACAACCGACAUCGAAGCUGCCCAGCGACCCAUCCUCAGGCCCCUCAUCCUCCUCAUUAUUAGCUGGAGGAGGAAUCGGAGGGGGGUUAGCGGGCACUGAGAAGCUGAGUCCGUCCAAGAAGUUCAGCGCGCCCAUCGACAAACAGUCGGCUUCCAAUAACCCAGCCGUUCCGUCAUCGACAACGACGGCCUCGACUGCCCCCCAACUGGCUCCUUCUGACCCCGCUCCCGCUAACUCGCCUCAGACUCAGGCUACUCAAGAGCCGCUCGUCUCCACUCAUGAUGGUGAUCCUAAUCCUACUACUUCCUCUACUGCUGCUCCCUCUAUUCAACCUGCCCCUUCUACACCCAUUCCUGCUUGAUCUUUUUGCUUUUUUCUUUUGAGAGAGAGAGAGAGAUAAAGAGAGAGAAAGAUAGUUUGAUUGGAUGAUUUGUAAUCUCUUUUACGUGGGUUCAAUCCUCUUUAUCUCUUCUUUUCUAUCAUCCUCUUGUUGGCCCGCUCUCUCCUUCUCUCUCUCCUCUCUCUCUCUUCUGUGGGCCUUGUCUUCUCUCCUCUUCCCCUCCUCCCCCUUUUUGUUGCUUUGGGCUCCUUGGGCUCAGUAAUUAUAAUACAACCCUGGUCGCCGGGUCUUUCUUUUUUUUCUUUUUGUGUCUGUGUGUGCUUGGCUUGGC